AUGGGCCCGCAUAUUGCUCGUCAGAGCACUGCCGCGAGUAAACGCGGAAUACAGCAUUGGAGCGCCCACGUUUCCGUAUGCGACGGCUCCAGGAGCCCCGAAAGCUUAAGGAGCUCUAGCAGCAUAUCGCUCUCCGCGAUGUUGGCCGGCACUCCUCGAAACUCCGCGUCGAAUCGUCGCUCCGCCGUAGUCGCGGUGCACGAGAGCCAGGUGGUAGGUUACGUGCUCGGGUCUAAUGCGCCGGCCCUCAACGGCCGACGCUCUGUGACGGUGCCCGAUGUCUGGCCCUACUUCGAACAGGGGUUCGGCUUCCUCGUACAGCACUACGACCGGUACAAGUAUCCCCUGCCGCAGCCGCUGCACUACUUCUACUGCGCGGCCUCUUACAGAGCGCGGGCGAACUUCAAUCGCGCGGCCGCAGCGCUCUUUGUGCAACACAAAGACGGUCCGCUCAUCAGAUGGACUAACUGGCCGGGCACGCUCCUUAUCCUCAAGUUCGUGGACGCCAGCUGCGACAGCUACGCGGAUGUUACGGAGGAGGACAUUGAGAACGUACGGGCGUUCUUCCAGAUCCUUUGA